AUGGGCAAGAACGAUAGCUUCGCACCUGGUGACGCGAAGAAGGGUGCCAACCUGUUCAAGACGAGAUGCGCGCAAUGCCACACCGUCGUCGAAUCUGAGGGCAACAAGAUCGGACCCAACCUGCACGGCCUGUUCGGUCGCAAGACUGGCUCCGUCGAAGGCUUCUCGUACACCGAUGCCAACAAGCAGAAGGGUAUCACAUGGAAGGAGGACACACUCUUCGAAUACCUCGAGAACCCCAAGAAGUACAUCCCCGGCACCAAGAUGGCUUUCGGUGGUCUCAAGAAGGGCAAGGACCGGAAUGAUCUCAUCACCUGGCUCCAGGAGGAGACCAAGUAG